AUGCAUCUAUUUGAAAGACAUAUUGAGCGUGUUCGAAGGCAGUUGGCGUCUGACCCUUCAUGUGGCUUUUGUUCUUGGCCUACUGAAACUGUCCUUCACAUUCUCCGUGAUUGUGAGCGUGCUCGAUCUACGUGGAAUGCUAUUCUCCCUGCCUGUGCUCGUCAUUUUUUCCAUUUAGAUGCUCAGCCUUGGAUGAAGGUCAAUAUGCUCUCUAGAGAGAAAUGGAAUGGUGAUGUUCCUUGGAGUACUGUUUUUGUGUUUACUUGUUGGCAUCUAUGGUGUUGGAGAAAUAAGCAUGUUUUUCAGAAUGAGGAUACAAUCCUUUUUAGUCCAAGGCAAGUUAUUUGUGGGGCUGCUCAGGAGUGGAUCAAGUCAACGUCUAAUCUCACUGUCAGGGUAAAUAAAGUUCAAAUUCAUGUUGCCUGGGAGCUUCCUGGGCCUGGACAGUUCAAGCUGAAUGUGGAUGGUUCAAGGAGAAGCGUUACUGGCUGCAUUGGUGCUGGGGGAGUCAUUCGUGACCCGUUUGGUGGCUGGGUAAGUGGUUUUGCUAUUAAUUUGGGAAAAGGUCAAGUUCUUGAGGCUGAGAUAUGGGGUCUCUUCUUUGGUUUGAAGUUAGCAAUUGAGAAAGGCAUCAGUAGUCUCAUUAUUGAGAUGGACUCAGCUAUUGCAGUCAAUCUCUGUCAGAUUUCUUCCAUGCUUUCUUUGCACCCUUUAGCUACUUUGGUUAGGAACUGCUGUGACCUUAUGCAGCAGGUUCCCAGGUGUGCUCUUCAGCAUGUUUUUCGUGAGAAGAAUAUUGUUGCUGACCGGUUAGCGAAUUGGAGUUAUCAAGUGGAUCUUGGGCUAUGCGUGUUUGAGCAGGCUCCUAGUUGGUUAAGUGAUUAUCUUGUUGAUGAUCUGCUUGGAAUUGUUCAUUCUAGAUUGGUCUGUUUAGACCAGGUUGUGUAG